AUGCUGCCGCUGCCCUUUCUGGCUGUCAAAGCCUCAAUGACCAGCUCUCCUGCCACUGCCCCUUCUGAGUGUCAAAGCCUCGACGACCUGUGCUGCUGCCGCAGCCUCUUCUGGCUGUCUAAUCCACGACGACCUGCUAUGCUCCCACUGCCCCUUCUGGCUGUCAAAGCCUCGAAGACCUGCGCUGCUGCCGCAGCCCUUCUGGCUGUCAAAGCCUCGAUGACCUGCGCUGCUUCCGCAGCCCCUUCUGGCUGUCAAAGCCUCGAUGACCUGCGCUGCGGCUGCUGCCUCUUCUGGCUGUCAAAGCCUCGACGAGCUGCGCUGCUGCCGCAGCCCCUUCUGGCUGUCAAAGCCUCGAUGACUGGCUCUGCUGCCUCUGCCUCUUCUGGCUGUCAAAGCCUCGAUGACCUGCGCUGCUACCUCUGUCUCUCAAAGCCUCAACAACCUGCGCUGCUGCCGCUGCCUCUUCUGGCUGUCAAAGCCUCGACGACCUGCGCUGCUGCCACAGCCCCUUCUGGCUGUCAAAGCCUCGAAGACCUGUGCUGCUACCUCUGUCUCUUCAGGGUGUCAAAGCCUUGA